GUGUGCAAUGUUUCGUCUAUGCUCCUGAUCGGUAUUACAUCGACUGCUUUUUUUCAUCACGAUUAUCUUUUAUUCGGAGAUAACCUGUUUUCAAUCAUAUUAACUCGUAACUCAUCUUGACUGUUAAAUACAUCUCUAACACUUCCUCUAUUUCAUCACCUAUAUCCAGCCAUUUUCAAUAACUAUUUCAGUAUCAGUUCAUUAACGAGAAAACGACAUGUUGUACGUGAUUCUGAACGUGUUGCUCCUUGGAGCCUUGGCAAGUAGCGAGUACUCAGGAAUGUCUCUGAGGGAUCGAAUUGCCUUGAGGAACCUCCUCAUGAACAGCAACUACUACGACUUUCCUCUAGCCCCGUCACAACGCGACCUAGAGAACACAGCCAUCAACUCAAAGGUCGUCAUUCCACCUUUGACAUUCAUCCAAGGAGGCACCGGUGAGGGCGUCCAACACCUCGGCGCUGAAGGAGACAUCCCCAACAGACAGAACCCGAUCCCUGAGGUAUCCAGUCAGUAUGACAAUCCUCCCAACCCUUGCCCUCCCGGUGGAGAUCUCGCAGGAAAGAAACCGGUGGAGUCUAAGGUUCAUGAUCUGAUCUGUGCUUGCGAGGAGGGGUGGGAUCUCAAAGAACGCCGAGAUUGUUCUGCAGCUCCAAAGUGUUGCAUGCCAAACAUGCCGAAUGAUUCGGAGUUUGUGAACCAAUAUCAGCUGACUGAACGGGCCAUAAAGAACCAACAACUCUACUCUCAAACAAGGAAUAAGUAUUCUACGGGAGUUAAGCGCUCAGACCAUAUGGCUAAGAAGAGUCCAGUAUACAAGAGGAGCAUCAAUUCUUAUCUUCCUGGCAAUAUGGUGCGACACGUGUCUAAGAAAUCUGCCUAUCCCAUUAGGACCUACGUUAACCCAUACACCUACAACCAGCCGCAUUUGAAUUCUGUGGUGGCAAAGAAGGCCCCUCUUUAUUCUGGCGCCAAGCUCAACAUGUGAAAACAUCAAUCUUUAUCUCUCUCUCUCUCUCUCUCUUCGUCUCACCCCCCCCCCUUCCACGCCCUCUUUCCUCUCAUCCUAUUUCUCUAAUUCCAGUCCCCACUACCCCUACUAACUAACCCAACUUAAAAGACUGGUAUUUCGUGUAUUGUUAAUCAUGGUGUGUUUACUUGAUUCCAUAUUUCCGAAUGAAAAAAAAACUGUUCCUUUAACAAAGUUCAAUUUGGAUCAUAGUCAUACAGGCAGAUAAGCGUUGGAUUUGGUAAAAUAAAUCGAAUGAAUAAUUAUUGAUUCUUUCUAGAAUUGUCAAAAAGAAAGUGAUGUGCGAAAACAUAAUGCUUAAAUGUUAAAUAUCUUAAAUAUCUUACAUUUAAUUUUGAGGUAUUAUGUAUCUGCCCACGCUGUAUUUUCAAAAUGUACUUGAAGUGAUAUUAUCAAAGACGCGUGGAUUACUGGAGAUAACGGAUGUUAAAAUCGAUAAAUCCAAUAAGCUCUGACUAGGAUCAGCUGAGAAAGGUUAGUGAUCAUUUUUAAAAUCUUCUUUCUCAAAAUUAUAUCUUUUUAAAAUAUGAGUCUGCAAUAUAUGAAUUCAUCUUUAUAUAGUAUGUUUUCUCUCUAAAUUUUUUCUUUCUAUCUAUCUUUCUUUUUCUUUCUUUCUUCUUUUCUUUCUUCCCUCCUUCCAUCCUUACUCCCUUCCUUCCAUGCAUCUUUCUUUCUUUCCUUCCUCCCUUUCUUUCUUUGUUUCUUUUUCUUUCUUUCUUUCUUCCUUUCUUUUUGUUCUCCUGCGUUUCUUUUAUAUCAUUUUCUCCUAUUCUGUAAUUACCCUAUGUAUUCAUUAUAUUCCGUUCAUUAUUACUCCCCCCCUUAUCUGCUCCUUUGUUUCUACGAUUUACUUUUUUUCUUCUUUCUUAAAUGUUUCUUUUUAUUUCUUAAAAUUACAUUUACUCACAUUUCUAUCUUCUCUUUCCCCUAAUACAUCUCUUUCUUGUCACAUACAUUAAUGCUUAUUUGGGGGUGAUAAUAUUCAUAAUAGUUAUACGAUUUAAUUUGAAUUAAGCCACUGAAAUCGUUUAAUCUUUUAAACGUUCUGCAAAUUCUGCUAUCAAUUUAAUUUUACUCGGGCUGUGUACAUAGAAGUGCAUUGAUUAUUGCUAUAAUAAUUGCAUUAUUUUUCAUUUCUAGUAAAUACGACGCCUUAUGAGUGACAUAAAUGUGUAGAAAAUAUCACGAUUAAUUCAAGGUUUCUUAGAUUGAUAUCAACUUUAAUGCUAUGAUGACGUUGAUGAUUUGUUGCUAUAAUUUCAAUACUGCACCUAUAUAGGGCUUUUGGAUAAAACGAAAUAUUGUCGCCCUGAAACUUCGUUUCAACAUUUUGGUAAAUUUCAUCUGCUGUAAAUGAGCAUGCAAUAUAUAAAUCUUGUUCAUAGUGAGUGAAGUACACAUUAAUGUGAGUAAUAUUCGGUAUUUUUACAAUAACUCAUAGACGUUUACUCUGGUAGUUUGACCAAACAGUUGAAUUCUCUUUCGACAAACACGGUUUGCACACGCAGCGGCUAUCAUAGAAAUAUAGAAAAGUAUGAUUCAUAUUUCGCAUAAAUUUGUAAAGUUAAUAUAAUCAAGUUGAAAUAUCAUAUCACAAUAAGUCGUGUGUAUCUUGACUGCAGUAUGUCUUUUAUUUGCACAUGUAAAUAAAAUUAUAUUGUGAAGAGUAUCAUAGAAUUAAGAUGUAAUUAUGAAAUGUACAUAAUAUUAUUGUAGAGAUAUUUAUGGGUAUAAUAAAUCACACUAAUUCAUUAACGUAAUUGUUAUUUAUACGACUCGAGUAUUCUCCCGACCAAGAAAGUGCAAUACGCGAAAUAGCCUUGUAAAAUAAGCAAUUUCUGUUAAUACAAUGCCAGAUAAAUUGAUUGGAUUCGAUUUCAUCUUCAUAUACUAUAAUAUUAUAUUGUUAUAAGAAGUCAUGUUUCAUAGAGUUCUGAAAAGAAAGUUCCCUUGAUGCGACCUCAUCUUUGUAAUCGUAAAGGCCGUACAUCACCAACAGGGAUGUCGCCGCGCGACGCAUCCAAUUAUUUUCAUUUCAAUAAUUACUGUCAAGGGCAAAUCUGCGACAAAAAUGUUCUCAUAAAGGUGCGAAUUUUAGGAGAUUAAUCGGAGUCGUCACGAGUCGGGUGUCAAUCAAUAUCCGCGUGAAAGUAGCGGACACGUCUAUGUGACGUCACUGGGACGUCUUGACAAUCGCAACGACGCGUCGCGACGUCUUUAGGACGUUUCCAGGAUGUCUCAGAAACAAAAUAAUCUCUAAAAAUGGUGAGAAAUCUUGCAAAUUUUCUUUGUGGCGGAUACAGAAUAGAUUUUGAUUGAGUAAAACAUGACAGUUUUUCACAUUCACACCAUUUAAUUGUUCAAGAAUUUAUGAUAUCAUACUGUCAGAUGAUCCUUAAGGUUUUUUAAAUAAAAAUGGCCAUGAUUCGCGAAUGUUCCUGGUCACCCUACUGGUGGACACGUUGCUCUAACUGAUCAAAUCUAGACACCUGAAUUUUUCUUACUCUCAACACAAGACUGAACCGAUUGGUCUCUUUAAUGGCAGAGACAGAGCAGGGGCCCGUUGCAGAAAGAGUUGCAAUCAAUCGCAACUCUAAAAAUCAUGCGCAACUUGAUUUUCAACCAAUCAACAGCGCGCAUUUGGGACUUGCGAUUGAUUUUUUGACUUGCGUUUAAACGCAACUCUUUCUGCAACGGACCCCUGAGCUGUUCUUGAUCCAGCCAUCCAAGCUGGAUAAUUACACAUGCAUCAUCACAUGGACCUAUCCACGGAGGAUUAUCUGUUGUUACUGGGGGUGCUGUGACAAUGCUCAGCACCCCCAGUAACAAUAGAAUAAUCCUCCGUGGAUAGGUCCAUGCAUCGUCAUCGUCAAAAAGAUAUUCUUCUUCGUAUGUUGUCAUAAAUUGAGAAAACCAUGAUUGUUAAUUGGUAUUUUAAGUAUUAAAUCCAAAUGUAAAAUGCUUGUAGUAAACUAUAUUUUGAAAAUUAAAAACUAAUAAUGUAUGUUUAUGAUUUAUCGAGAUACUGGCAAAAUCAAUAAAUUCCCUCACAGUAA